AUGACGCAACAUAUGGGCAUGAUGGAUUUCAGUGAUGAGGAGGAAAUGGACGAGGAUUCGAGCCCUGUCGUUGGGUAUCUUCAAGUGCUGCCUCCCAACGCCAGGAUGCUCAAGGAGAUCAAAGACGGGGAGACGACCGUGGGUCGAAACGAAGACCAAGACAUCACGGUAGCCGACCCCAGCGUAUCCGGCGCCCACGCCGUCAUCGAGGUCCUCGAGGUUCCGGGAGGCGGCGGCAAGCGCUUAACCGUUAAGGACCUCCGCAGCACCAACGGCACGUACAUUAUCGAUACUGAAACGGGCGAUAAGAAGCGUCUCGCCCCUAAGAAGGCCACGAUGCUGCCGGAAGAGGGAUGCCGGAUUCAGUUCGGCGGGGCCGCUUGCAAGGUGGCCAUGGGCCCUCUCCCGGAGCCUGGCGCCUUGUCCGAGGAAGAAAAGGACGGUGUUUACGACAACGAUACCCAGAUUGCCGGGGUGAUCGACUUGGGCAACGACGAAGAAGCAGAAGGAAAGGCCGCCGCGGGUGCUGGUGCUAGGGAGGAUGCGGCGGCGGGCGGCAAGAAGAGCGACACCGAGCCACUGCCGGGGGCGGAGGAAGAGGGAAAGUCGGAAGCCGAGGCGGGAACCCCGCUGGCCGGGACGGAUGCAUCAGAGCCUGGGCGGGGUGCUGGGGGUGACCGGAGCCGGCAAGAUCAAGGCGUCGAGGAGACGAAGGGAGAAGGGUGUGGUUCUGAUGGCGGGGCGAAGUCAAGGUCGCCCUCACGUGUGCGCUUCGAAGAAGAGCCUGCGAGUACGAGCGGCGGCGGCGGUGGUGUUGGUAAUGGGGCGGGCGAUGACGAUGCCGAGCAGCCGACGCAAGCCAUGGCGCUUGAGAUGCUGGAUGACAGCAGCGACAACGACAAAGAGCGGGAGGGGGAUGACGCCAAGGCGGCCACAGAGCGAGGUUCUGGGAGUUCCGCCGCCAUGGCGCUUGAGCUCGACAACAGCGAAGGAGGCGAGGGGGAAGAGGGGGCGAACGCUGAGGCAGCAGGAAAUAACCAAGAAGAUGGUGAUGCUGCUGUCCCCGCCGACCUUCGGGGUGCUACCGAAGAAACCGCUGCUAAUGCUGCUUCGCCCGGGGACGGUGGUGGUGCCGAUGCGGAGGUUGCCCCCACGGACCCCCCGGCCCACGCGGACAGCGACGGCGACACCGCAGACGAAGGUGACGCCGCACUUCUCUUCGAGAAGUUGAACGAAGACGGGGACGGCAAAGGGAAGGCGGGGGUCGCCGGCGCAGCCGCCACCGCCGCCGGCCCCGCCGGCGAAGAGAACAGCGGGGACGACACCGCCGACGAAGGGGACACCGCUCUCCUCUUCGACGACGACGCCGAUGGCGCGAUGGCGAAGGCCGUCACUGACGCCGGCGGCGGCGGCAGCGACGCUGCUGCUGGUGCGGGCGCAGGCUUGCCGGCGGCCGCCCCGAGGUCGCCGGGCCCCAGCGCGACGGCGGGGCUUAGCGGGACCCCGAUGACGCCGUCCACGCUGCCAGAUAUCACCGGCAGAUCGGUGACCUCCCCCGGAAACGUGUCCGACGUGUCGACGCAGAGGCAGGAGUCGCCGAGGGCUCCGUUUCGAGGCGGCGAGGAGCAUCGGCAGCAGCAAGAACCUGGCGCAGCGGCGGGAGGCCGGCCGCCGCCUGGUGGGGAUUCUCCGGGAGGGGCACACGACCUCGACGGUUUCGAAGACGAUCUGCUCGACGCCGGGGCGGCGGAGCCGGCGGAGACCGGCGGCGACGGGGACGGCGGUGGUGAUGGGGGCGCCGGGGCGGAGGCGGCGAUAGCCGACGGCGACGUAGAUUCAGGCUCGGAGACGGACGCCACCGAGGUUGACACGGAUGAAGGCCCUCUCGCCGCUGGGCAGACAGAAAACGUCCCUGACCCCCCCGCGGUUGAGGAGAACGCCCCCGCCGCCGGCGGCACGGGGAGUAGCAGUUCCGUGGGGGCCCCGCCGGAGCCUGCAGAAGGUACUACCGUAAGCAGCGGGAGGGCAUCGCCCGGUGCCUCCUCGGGGUCAGAUGCGAAUGUGGGUGGUGUCGAUGCCAGCGAAGAGGAGCGCCAGGGGCGUCCGGGGCAACAUCCUCCCGCCCAGGAGGACGCCCGGUCGCCGGGGGGCUCCCUGCUCCGGCGGGUGUCGACGGAAGACUCCAUGAUGGCCAUCGCUAGGGAGCACGCGAGGAGCGAGGCGCGGGCGGCGGCCAUGAAUCUGGAGUCAGAGGAGGAGGUGGUGGUGGAGGAGGAGGAGGAGGAGCAGGAGGAGCAGGAGCAGGGUGAAACGGAGGUGGACAACGGUACCGGUGAGGCAGCAACCCAAGCCAUUCCUGUGCAACUGGAAGAGGACGAAGAGGAGGAUGAUGAAGAGGAGGAGGAGGAGGAAGCGGGGGACGGGACGGAGGUUGUAGAGGAGGGCGACUCCCCCCCGCAACAGGACGAUUUUUUCACCCCCGAUACCUCGGCGUUGUCGCCGAGCAAGGCGCAAGCUGAUGGAAACAAACCGCGGGGUGCACGUGGGGGGGCGGCAGGGGAAGGCGCAGCAGCGGUAGAAGUAGCAUUGCCCGAGAAGGAGGAGGAGGAGGAGGAGGACGUUGAGCCCCCGAUGGAGGCGGGUGACGCCGGCGAAGAGGUCGUGGAGGAACCCGCGGGUGGAGAGGAGGACGGGGAUCAGGCGGGGACUGAUAGUCACAGAGAGGACCAGCAGCGGGAGCAUAGAGGGCCGCCGGGGGGCAAAGAGGAGGAACGGAACCGAGAGAAUGUGGUAGCGGAGGAAGACGGAGAGGGAGAGGGAGGGGGAGAAGGGGAGGGAGCCGACAGAGAGGGCGAAGGAGAGGGAGAGCCAGACGGCAAGGAGGCAGAGCAAGAGGCAGAGGAAGAGAAGGGCACACCCGGGUCUGCCUCAGCGGCUGCCGCACCCGCACCAACCAGGACGAGCAGGCGGCGGAAACAGGCGCUCAAGGACGACUCGACCUUAGACGCACCAGAAGGCUCAACUAGCAAGGGGUUGAAGGAACAGGCAGCAAACAACACUACGCCGCGGGCAGUAGGUAGAAGGGCGGGCACGCGACGAGCCGCUGCGUCUGCGUCACACCCAGAAGAUCUACCAGGGGAAGAACAAGAACCGGCGGCGACGGCGCCAGCGGGACGGCGAGGCCGAGGCGGGAAGAAAUCAUCCAGCGGUGUCGCGUCGGAACCGGCGGCGGUGGCGGCUCCAGAGCAGCAGGCGAACGAGGACUCGUCAAAUCGACGCGGCAAGCGGCGAAGAACGGAGGAAGAAGAAAAAGCCCCCUUGUCGGGAACGGAAGAGACAGCACGGGGGAGGGGGAAGGGUGAGACGGCUGCGUCGACCUCCAUCCCGCCGGCGGCGAAGCGCGGGAGGAGAUCGUCUCGCGCUGCGCCUGCGCCUGCGGCCAGUGCGUCCCUUGGGGGCGACGAAGGUAAUGACGAGGAGCCCCAAGAGGAGCCGGCGUCCGCGGUGGCGGCGGGGAAGAGGACGAGGGGGUGGGGGCGUGCGGCGAAGGAAUCGGAGCCCAGCGAGGAGGACACCACUGCCACGCCAAAAGCUACAAGGGGGACAGCAAGAGGCGCUUCGCAGGCGAGGGCCAAAGGGAAGGGCAAAGCCGUGGCGGUGGCGGGAGUUGGUAAGAAGCGGAAGGCGGGAGAGGACGCCGAGCUGGACGCUGAGGAGAGCGACGGUGCAGGGGCCCAAAGUCGGCAGGGGAAGGCGGGGGGGAAGGGCAAGAACAACGCGACGGGUGCGAGAAAACGGAAGGCGGAAGAGGCAGGCGUGCCUUCUUCUCCACAAGCGGACGGGACCGACGAGGACGAUGUCGCGUCUGCGCCGGCGGCGGCGGCGACAACCGCCGGCCGAGGACGGAGAAGGAAGAGCAGCGCAGCCAAGAACGGGACGGAUAGCGAGCCGGCGGCUGUCGCGCCGGUGACGCCUUCGAAGCGCGGCAGGGGCCGUUCCUCAGCGGCGGCGGCAGCGGCAGCGGCUGCGGCUGCGGAGGAAAAAGAACAAGAAAAACCCACGCCGAGAAGUCCUGCCAAGGCGAGCGGCCGGGGUAGGGGUGCCAAGUCAUCUCCGCCAACCCCGACGGUAGCAAGCCGUUCGCCGAGCGGCGGAGGAGGGGUCGACAGCCAGAGCUCCGGCGAUGUGAAGGUUUGUUUCACCGGCGUGAAGCCCACGCCUAAGGAGCGGUCGUGCAUGAAGAAGCUGGGGGUGUCUGAGGUGGAGUCCGUGCUCGAAGCCACGCAUUUAGUCGCCGGGGGAAGCGGGGUCGCGCUAAAACGUACCCCCAAGCUCCUGGCGGGUCUGGGCCGCUGCCGCUUCGUGGUGGACGUGGAGUGGUUGUAUCAAAGCGCCAAGGAUGGGAAGCUGCUGGAUGGAGUGGAGUACGUCCUCUGUGAUGCUGAGGCGGAAAAGAAGUGGGGCUUCAAUAUGCGGGUGUCCCUGGGACGAAGGCCCGAAGCGGGUCUGCUUGCAGGCCUCUCCGUGCACGUCGACCCAUGCGUGGCGGGCGUCAAGGGUAUGGGAUGUCCCCCCCUCGAGGAGAUGGAGAUGGUCGUCAUCUCCGCCGGAGGACAGUGGUUGCCGCAACUUCCAAAGCGCGGAGGGCCUGAGCCGGAGUCCCUCCUGGUGAUAUCUCACCCGGACGCCCUCAAAGCCGCCGGGGCGAAGGGGACGAAGUCUCGCGCCGCCGCCGCCGCUGGGCGCAACGGCAAGGCCUACCUCCCGGAGAUGUUCUUCUUGUGUAUCCUACGCCAGAAGAUGUCGUGGCCCGCUGAUUUGGUUGCUGGCGGGGGGGGUGCCGAGGCUGGACCCGCGAGCAAGAAGCCGGCCAAGCGUAGACGGGUUUAGAUGGCGGGGGGGGGUUACUAUUAAUGUAAACGCUUGCCGCAGUCGGGUGUACUCAUGUAAACGCAUGCCGUAGUCGUUUGGCGUUGGGGGGGGGUACUAAUGUUCUGCAGGUCUCAGCAGUGAGACCAUUAACCAAGUAGGGGAGGAUGCUAUGGGUAGCACCGAGGAUGCCACAUAUUGUAGCGAGGGAUUCAGAUUGGGGUGGCGGUUUCGAACCGAUUGUUGGGCGCGGCUUGUGGGCUAAAUCGGGGGGGGUUGUCGCAGGACGACCGAAUUGUCUAUUGUGGGUGGGGGGGACGAUACCAUCGUUCCUUACCAAAACUUCCAUUGCUCU